CUAAAUAUAUACAACUUUGGGGAUAUCAUUUUUCCUGCCUUAAAUUCUUUAAAGCUAGGUAUAUACUACAGAGAGAAAGCUCUUCAGUUUGGGUAGAAGAGUUUAGUUCCCAUAGCAUAUAUGAACCUGAAUCCAGGGUAUUCAUAAACUAAUCUAUACAUAUCAUCUUGGAGUAAUUUCUAGAAGGGUCUUGAUCUCAUACUACACAAUAAGGAAAAUAUUUUGGAAUGAAAUUGAUAUACUAUUUUAUUACUGCAAUUUGCCAGAUCUUAACUGUAUCUGCACUCGUUACUAAGAGAGGUACCAGUGCCAAGGAUGAAUAUCUUGUAACGAGCCUCCCUGGGUUAUUUCAUAACAUCCCGCAAGAGGAAAUUCCCUUGAUGUUUUCAGGUCAACUUGAACUUUAUCCAGAGAAUAAGACCCAUUAUUAUUUCUGGAAGUAUGUUGAUAAUCAUAAAGUUGAAAAGGCUAAGGGAAAAACGAUUUUUUGGCUCAACGGCGGCCCCGGAUGUUCAUCUAUGGAUGGUGCACUUAUGGAAGCAGGUCCAUUUAGAGUCAACAAACAGGGAGAAGUCACAUAUAAUAAUGGCUCGUGGCACAAGGCUGGAGAUAUAGUAUUUGUAGACCAACCGGCGGGUACGGGAUUUAGUUACUCAGAUGACUAUGAUGAAACUUUAGCUGCUGUAGUUCAUCAUUUCAUCAGAUUCUUGGAGAAAUACUAUGAAUUAUUUCCUGAAGAUUCUGAAAAUGAGAUUAUUCUUGCUGGUGAAAGUUAUGCCGGUCAAUAUAUUCCGUAUAUUGCGGAAGGUAUUUUAAAUCGAAACAAGGAUAGUCAAGAUGAAUCAUCAAAGUUUAACUUGAAGGGACUUCUUAUUGGGAAUGGAUGGAUAGCUCCUAACGAACAAAGUUUAUCAUAUUUACCUUAUUCAGUUCAAGCAGGAAUCUUGAAAAAGGAGAAUCCCAACUGGACUUCAGUCAUGCAUCAACAUGAAAAAUGUCAAAAUAUUGUAAAUCAGAUUAAUGGAGGCACCUUAGAAGAAGGUGUAAAUGCCAAUGAUGUUGUUUCUCGUGAAUGUGAACAAGUAUUGAAUUUAAUUUUGAAGGUAACUUUAGAUAAUGAUGCUGCUAAAAAUCAACAAUGUGUCAAUAUGUAUGAUUUUACUUUGAAAGAUAGUUACCCAUCUUGUGGUAUGAAUUGGCCGCCAGAUUUAGAGUAUGUCAACCCCUUUUUGAAUGAUAAAUCUGUUUUAAAUCAGUUAAACGUGAAACUGCACCAGCUGUGGAGUGAAUGUUCGGGACCAGUUGGAAGACAUUUAAGAAAUAAGAAUACAGAACCAGCUGUUUCACUCUUACCGGGAAUUCUUGAAAAAAUACCAAUCAUAUUAUUUAAUGGUAAUAGAGAUAUCAUUUGCAAUUAUAUUGGUACUGAAAAUUUCAUUAAAAAUUUAGAAUGGAAUGGAGCAAAGGGAUUCCCUGAGGAAGCGAAAGCUCAGGAUUGGAAAUAUGAAGAUGAAAUUGUUGGAUAUAUUCGUAGUGCAAGAAACCUUACUUUUGUAAAUGUAUUUGAUGCAUCUCAUAUGGUUCCAUUUGAUAAGCCACAUGUUUCUAGAAGUAUCAUUGAUCUCCUUCUUGGUGAAUAUGAUGAAAAAGUGGAUGAAAAGGAUGAUGACAAGAAGAUUAUUGAAACUUACCCGCUUGGAUAUAAGAAGGAAGAAGAACAAGACGAACAAGAAAAUGGUUCUAAACCUAGCGUGGGUGUAACCAAACCAGAUGAAGGUGAAGACGAUACCGAUAGUGAAUCUGAUGAUGAUUCUGAUGAUGAUUCUAAGAAUGAAACUGAUGAACUGUCACUGACCAAUAAGAACCCUGAAAUAUCCAACACUACAAGUCGUGUCACCCGCUUGAUUCAACUUUUAGUUAUUUGUAUUAUUAUUUGGGGGGUAUAUAUUCUCUACCUGUCAUACAGGGCACGCCCAUCUUCCAUUAUAAAGUCUGGUCCAUCGAGUAAAAAGAAAAACGUUCAAUGGGCUGAUCAAUUGCGUAUGUUCCAAGAUGAAGAUGCGGUCAAUAGACAAGAUAAUUCCAACUUUUUAUCGAAGGCAUACAAUAAGAUUACAGGACAUUCAGAUGCUAAAGUAAGAUAUACACCAACUCCUUCAGAAGACAUUGAAAUGGGGAGCGCAACUACUGGUCCAGACCCUGUUGAAUUUGUCAUUAACAGUGAUGAUGAAGAAGAAUAUCAAGUACGUCAAGAAGCUCCUUUGCCGGAACUUCCAUUGCCAGAACUUCCUUUACCAGACCUCCCUUCUGAAGAAGGUUCAAAGGGACCCGUUCUGAAAUGAAUACAGUAUAAUUAAGCA